AUGUAAGAUUGUCAUAAGUCUUAAAAGAUAGCAAUAUGUAUGGUUGGAUUGCCAGCGAGAGGGAAAACAUAUAUUUCUCGGAAACUUCAUAGAUAUUUAAAUUGGUUAGGUUACAAUUGUAAGGUGUUCAACAUUGGAAAUUAUAGAAGGGAAAUCUGUGGAACCGAGUGUGACAAGACCUUCUUUGAUUCAAAAAAUGAAUAAGCAACUAAAGCAAGAAAUGAAUGUGCUUAGAUGGCAUUGAAUGAUUUGAUCAGCUUUUUAAAUAGCGAUGGGGAGAUUGCUAUUUUUGAUGGGACCAACACAACAAAGUAGAGGAGAAACAUGGUUUAAUGCUCUUUGUCACAAUAAUGCCAAAAUGUAUAGACUCUUUGGAUUGAAUCAAUUUGUGAUGACGCCGAUGUGAUUCAAAAUAAUAUCAGAUUAACUAAGCUUAAUAAUCCUGAUUAUGUUUCUAUGAAUCCUGAGGAUGCAACAAAGGAUUUCUUAGGAAGAAUUAGAAUGUAUGAGGAGGUGUAUUAAAAGAUAGAGUUAGACGAGAAUUUGUCAUUUAUCAAAUUAAUUAAUAUCGGCGAAGAUAUUUAAAUCCACAAGGUUAAAGGCUAUUUGUUAUCGAAAAUCAUAUCAUAUUUGAUGAAUCUCCACAUAUAUCCCAGACCAAUUUAUUUGACAAGACAUGGUGGGAGCACAUUUAAUUAAGAAAACCGAGUGGGUGGAGAUUGUGAUUUAUCUCAAUAAGGAAUCCAAUAUUCAGAAUAGCUGGGGAAGUUCUUGCUUGAUGAGUUCCCCACUUAGGAAAAGAGGAAUCAAAUUCAUUGCUUAACAUCCACAAUGAAGAGAGCAACUCAAACAGCUGACAUUGUUUGCAACAUUCUCAAGAUCAACUAUUUGUAAUUAAAGACUUUGGAUGAAAUAAAUGUCGGCAUUUGUGAUGGCUUAACUUAUACUUAAAUUGCAAUUCAAUUUCCUGAAGACUUUGCUUAAAGAAAAGUGAACAAAUUAACAUACAGAUAUCCCAGAGGAGAAUCCUACUUGGAUUUGAUUAGUAGGAUAGAACCAAUUAUCUAUGAAAUUGAGAGAUCUCGAGAACCUGUAUUAGUUAUAGGACAUCAAGCUAUUUUAAGAUGUCUCUAUGCUUAUUUCCAUCGAAAUGAGAUCUCAGAAGUACCUCAAUUGGAGAUUCCAAUACAUGCAAUUAUAAAAUUAACUCCAGCGGCAUAUUAUUGCGAAGAGAUAAGAAUCAGAAUUGAUCCUGAAACUGGAGAAAGAAAAUAAAUCGAAGAAUAUCUUCAAUAUGAAAGGGUCAAUUUAUUAACUAAGAAAAAGAGCUACAUCUUAUUAUGA